AUGAUUAAUUUGUUUAAAGUAAAGGAAAAGCAGAAAGAAGCAGCUGAAAAUGCAGAAGGGAAACCACCAAUUAAGGAGCAAACUGCAUCACAAUUAAGGCUUCAUAGAGAUAUUGGUGAAUUAACAUUACCACCAAUUUGUACCAUUGAAUUUCCAAAUGGAAAAGAUGAUCUUAUGCAUUUUGAAGUCACAAUUAAACCAGAUGAAGGAUAUUAUAAAGAGGGUACAUUUCCUUUUACUUUUGAAAUUCCAAUACUUUAUCCACACGAUGCACCAAAAGUUAAGUGCAAAGUUAAAGUUUAUCAUCCAAAUCUUGAUUUAGAAGGAAAUGUUUGUCUUAAUAUCCUUAGAGAAGAUUGGAAACCUGUGUUGAAUAUUAAUGCAGUAAUUUAUGGUUUGAUACAUUUGUUUACUGAACCAAAUCAUGAGGAUCCACUCAAUCAUGAAGCAGCUGAGGAAUUAAGAGACAAACCAAAGUCUUUCGAGCAAACUGUUGGUAGAACCAUGUGGGGAGGACAUGUGCAUGACGUAUAUUUCGAUCGCGUUCUGUAAUUUUUCGAAGCGAAUCCAGAAUUUUGAAGUUUAUGAGACUGUAUAACGACGUCCGCAAGUUAAUAUUACAUGGGGUAAAUGAUUGGAAGAAUUCUUCUUUGGAUAAUAGGUAUUGUAAGUGGUAUUCUUGAAAUCGAUUUAAUAUGUAUUUUCUUUUAUGGUUCA